UGACCGUUUGGCGUCGAAGUUCCUUUGAGAACCCUCACGCGGCCAGCGUCCCUGAGAGAAAUUAGUAAGCCCUCUUAAGCGGCCGUGGAUUCCUGCGCCUGACCGAAAAGGGGCAGAGAGUUUCGCCUGUGGCGGGAGGAUGAAGCUUCGGGUCCGGCCGGGGUCCUAAAGGAACCUGGAUACUGUUCCCCAAGAAGAAAUUCAUUAGUUUGGACCUGGAGGAUUCUUUUGUAUCAGACACCAAGAUGAAAGAAUCACCGAUAGAUGGUAAAUGUGACAAAGCAGUGACACCACAACUGGGGCGGCUAGAUGAAAUUAAGACAGAACCUGACAAUGCUCAGGAGUAUUGUCAAGCCCAGCAGCCUAAAACUCAGGAGAAUGAACUGAAAAUAAACACCACAUUUUCAGACAGUGCUCCACAGUUGACUGCAGGCAUUCAGCUUUCUCUGACAUCAUCUGGCAUGAAUAAAAUGCUUCCUUCAGUUUCAACCACAGCUAUUCAGGUUUCCUGUUCUGGUUGUAAAAAAAUCCUCCAGAAGGGGCAAACUGCUUAUCAGAGGAAAGGGUCUACUCAGCUUUUCUGCUCCACGCUGUGCAUCACUGAAUACAUUUCAUCUGCCAAUUCACCAGCUCUUCCCAAGAGAACUUGUUCAAACUGCUCAAAAGACAUCUUAAAUCUAAAGGAUGUGAUCAGUGUCCAGCUAGAAGAUAAUACGUCUAGCAAAAAUUUUUGCAGCCAGUCUUGUCUUUCAUCAUAUGAAGAAAAAAGAAAAGCAUUUGUUACCAUAUGUACUAAUAGCAUUUUAACCAAGUGCAGCAUGUGUCAGAAGACUACUGUUAAACCAACCAAAACACUUACAUCUGUUCCUUGCAAAUCAUUGAAGCCCUCAGAUGAAGUGAUUGAGACCACCAAUGACUUGGGGAAGACAGACCUUUUUUGUUCUAUUAAUUGUUUCUCUGCUUACAAUAAAGCUAAGACGGAAUCAUCUACAGUAAAUGUUUCCGUGGUACAUGAUGCCUCAACGGAUCUCUUUUCUCCAAAGAAAGAUACAACUCCAGUUAUAAGCAAUAUAGUGUCACUGGCAGAUACUCAUGUUUCCCUACCCAUCAUGAACUCUGAUGUCUUACAAGCAGAUACAGUUUCUUCAGUAACAGCAAAUGUCAUUGUAGAUAGUUUACCCAGUGAAUCAAGUAGUGGUGUUGCAACUGGUAGUGUUGAACAGCCAAGCCUUUCUCCAUCUUCAUCAAUACCCAAUCAGCAUAUGGUUGAGUCCAGUGUAGAAGUACAAAAAGAUCAAGUGUCAAACCAAGAUGCUACAUACAAUAUGAAAUCUGUGAAAAUAAGUGAUGGACUAUGUCACCCAAAAUUUACAUCCAAAGUACAAAAAGUUAAAGAUAAGUCACGAAGCAUUAAAAAAUCUUGGUGUUCAAAUUUCCAGCAUUUGAAAAACAGUAUUAAAAAGGAAGUGACAUUCUGUUAUUCAUGCCAGUUGUUCUGCCAAAAAAAUUUUAGUUUUGGAGGAGAAUCAUUUGCAGCCCAAGGAAUUUCUAAUUGGAAAAAGACUCUAGAAAAAUUCAGAAAGCAUGAAAAAAGUGAAAUGCAUUUGAAGUCAUUGCAGUUUUGGAGGGAAUACCAGUUUUCUGAUGAAGCCAUCAAUGAUAAUUUAUCUAUUCAUUCAAAACAGAUUGAAGGAAAUAAAAAGUACCUAAAGCUUAUAAUUGAAAAUAUUUUAUUUCUUGGGAAGCAGUGUUUACCAUUAAGAGGAAAUGACCAAUCGAUUUCAUCUGUGAAUAAAGGCAAUUUUUUAGAACUGUUAGAAAUCAGAGCAAAAGAUAAAGGAGAAGAAAUAUUUCGACUUAUGAAUUCACAAGUUGACUUCUAUAAUAGUACACAAAUUCAAAAUGAUAUUAUUGAAAUAAUAAAGACUGAAAUGCUGCAAGAUAUUGUGAACGAAAUCAAUGCCUCCUCAGCUUUUUCAAUAAUAUGUGAUGAGACAACUGAUAGUGCCACUAAAGAACAGCUUUCAGUUUGUGUAAGAUACCCACAAAAAAUGUCAAAGGCUGUCUUAAUUAAAGAAAGAUUCUUGGGUUUCAUAGAUACUGAAGAGAUGACUGGGACUAACUUACAUAGGAUUAUCAAAACUUACCUGCAGCAAAUUGGAGUUGAUCUGAAGAAGAUAUGUGGCCAGGCCUAUGAUAGUACCACUAAUUUGAGGGGAAAAUUUAGUAAAAUUGCAGCAGAAUUCAAGAAAGAAGAGCCAAGAGCUUUGUACAUACAUUGUUAUGCACAUUUUUUGGAUUUAGCAGUAAUUAGGUUUUGUAAAGAAGUGAAAGAACUCCGAAGUGCUCUAAAUACUCUCAACUCUUUGUUCAACACUAUUCAUAUGUCUGGGGAAAUGUCUGCAAAUUUUCAAAACAUUUGUAAGCUAAGUCAAAACAAAACAUGCAAGAAACAUACAUCACAAUCAUGUUGGACAGUCCAUGAUCAUACAUUACUGUCUGUGAUUGAGGGCCUUCCAGAGAUUAUUGAAACAUUGGAAGUUGUAUCAAGCCAUUCUUCAAACACAAGUUUGGCUGAUGAAUUGAGUGAUUUGUUAAUAUUGGUUUCCAAAUUUGAAUUUAUCUUUUGUUUGAAAUUUCUUUAUCGAGUGUUAAGUGUUACAGGAAUUCUUUCCAAAGAGCUUCAAAGUGAAACCAUAGAUAUUUUUUCGUUGUCUUCAAAAAUAGAAGCAAUUUUGGAAUGUUUAUCAUCUGAAAGAAAUGAUGCCUAUUUCAAAACUAUCUGGGAUGGGGCAGAGGAAAUAUGUCAAAAAAUAACCAGUAAAGGUUUUGAAGUUGAAAGACCUUCUUUUCAGAAAAGAAGAAAAAUUCAGAAAACAGUAGAUCUUGGCAAUUCAGAUAGUAUGUUUUUUCCUACUUCAACAGAAGAACAAUAUAAAAUUAAUAUUUAUUACCAAGGAUUGGAUACUAUAUUAAAUAAUUUAAAAUUAUGUUUUUCAGAGUUUGAUUAUUGUAAAAUGAAGCAAAUUUCAGAACUAUUAUUUAAAUGGAAUGAACCAUUAAAUGAGACAACAGCCAAACAUGUCCAAGAAUUUUAUAAACUUGAUGCAGACAUCAUCCCAGAACUUAGAUUUUAUCGGCAAUAUGCAAAGCUCAAUUUUGUCAUAGAUUAUGAUUGUAUCAACUUCAUCAAUCUUGGCUGUUUGUUUAUUCAGCAUGGUCUUCACAAUAAUAUUCCUUGCAUAUCAAAGUUAUUAUAUAUUGCUUUGUCUUGGCCAGUUACUUCAAGUGCUGAAAAUUCAUUUUCUAUACUGCCCCGUCUUAAAACAUAUUUAUGUCAUACCAUGGGACAAGAGAAGCUUAGCGGCCUAGCCCUAAUGGCUGUUGAGCAGGAAUUGGUGAAUAAACUGAUGGAACCUGAAAGACUCAAUGGAAUUGUAGAAAAGUUUAUCCAUCAGAUGAAAGAAACCUAACAUUUGCUAAUUUGAAUUUACCUAAAAGAAUUUUGUAUUUCUGCUGGAAUGUUUGUUUUUUAUUUCAAAAUUUUAUCUCCUAAGAAAAAAAUUUUUUUUCAUCAGAACAUGUAACAUUCACUUGAUUGAAAAUUCAAAAAAACAGACUGAAAAGAGAAAAGUCUCCUUCCUCUCUUUAGUACCCAAGUCCCCCUCCCUGUAGUGUUGUCUGUUUCUCAAAUAUCCUCCUGGAGAUAUUUUUCACAGAUAGUACUCUGCAGUGCACACCGUUCUUCAACUUGUCCACUUAACGUAUUUUUGAGAUUGUCCUAUAUCAGUACUAAAGAGUUUCUUGAUUUUUUUUUUACAACUGCAUAAAAUUUCAUUGUAUGAAUGUACCAUAAUAUAUUUGAGCAGUCCCUAACAAUAAACAUUUCAAUUCUUUCUAGUA